ACGGGGGCGGAGGCUUCCACGGGGGGCGGAGGCCUUCACGGGGCGGGAGGCCUCCACGGUGGCGUAGUUCACGGGGGCGGAGGCCUCCACGGGGGCGCAGUCCACCACGGAGGAUCUGUCAUCCACGGAGGCGCAGUUCACGGGGGCGCAGUUCAUCAUGGAGGCGCAGUGCACCAUGACACUUACGCAUCACCUCACUACGACUACGCCUACGGGGUCCACGACGACUACGCCGGCACCAACUUCGGUCACAUGGAAUCUCGCGACGGCUACAGGACCGAAGGCAAAUACGUGAACCUGCCCGACGGUCGCAUCCAGACCGUCACUUACUACGCUGACGAGUACGGCUACCACCCCACCGUCACCUACGAGGGCGUCCCCCACCAUGCAGCUGUUGGCCACGUCGACGGGGGCUACCACAAGUAGCUUAUCCUCACUUAGAGACUUUAUACAAAUAUAUUUUUCUACCAGGACAAGCUAUGAAGAGAUAUAUCGUGGUGUUAAUACAUUACGUUAAUUAUGUUCCUCUUAAUAAUGUAAUCAGAUUUUUCCCCUUGUACUUUGUAAAUAAACUUGUGCAGAGUCA